AGUACACACUUACGGCUCCUGGAAUCAAGGCUCAGGUGCUUAGCAUUUCCUUUGUCAAUCCUACCUGCCACAGUUCCUCGUCACGCGGUUGUCUAUCCUUUUAUUUGAGAGCUCAUGACUUCAUGCAUUGACGCACUUCAACCAUGGUGCCAUCAUGUACUAACCAUCGCGCAGUUCAUCCCGUAUGCUGCAACCCUGACCAACCUCUUCGUGAAGGACAAAGAUGGCGUCGAGCGUGAUAUUGUACUAGGUUACGAUAAUACCUCCUACUAUCCUGUCGAUCCUGGGCAUCCAGUCUACAACGCAGUGCCUGGCCGAUAUGCCAACCGCAUCGGAAAGGGCACGUUUACGAUCGACGGCGUCACAUACCACACGACGCUCAACGAUGGGCCAAACACGCUCCAUAGCGGCCCGAACAACUGGUCCUAUAGGACAUGGAACGUGACGGAUGUCACCAACAGCUCUAUUACAUUCUCCAUCUAUGAUCCUGCGAAUUCAACUGGUAUGCCCGGCCAUGUUGAGGCCACCGUGACCUAUGCGGUAUCCAAGAACAAAUGGACGAUCACGAUGGAUGCCAUCUCUCCGGACGCUAAGACGCCCAUCAUGCUCACGCAGCACACCUACUACCAGCUCGAUGGGUUCGCGGACCCUGAUACCAGGACUAUCUGGAAUCACACUCUCUACGCGCCUUCGGCUAAGCGGGUGAUGAAGGCGGAUGCGAACGCGUUGCCCACGGGCGUCAUCGCCAACGUCUCAAAGAACUCCAUUGACGACUUCUGGACCGCUCCGCACCAGCUCGGAUUUGCAUCUGGCAAUUCCGACUUUGAAGACCACUGCGGUGGUGGCUGCCACGGGUACAACGGCAACUGGGCUCUCGACCUUGACCGGGACAAGAGCGAUGUCGCCCUCACUCUGAGCAGCAAAUGGAGUGGCAUCAAGGCCGAUCUGCGCACCAACCAGGACGCGCUUGUCUUGUACACGUGCAACUGGAACGACGGAAAGAGCGAGUUCAAGAGCACGCAGGGCAAGAAGGGAGACAAGGACAAGUUCAUCCCGCGCGAUGGCUGCAUUGCUAUUGAGGCCCAGGACUACGUUGAUGGCAUCAACCAUCCUGAAUGGGGUCGCCUUAACAAGCAGAUCUUUGGUCCCGGCCAAAAGUACCACUGGGAGUCGUCCUGGAGCUUCGGCACGAUCUAGAGGACUUGGAGGAGAAAGAAGCUGGCGGCGAGGAAAGCUCAUCUGUACAUAGUCGAAAAGGAACGGUUGAUAUUGUGAAUAUUAUCUCCGGCGUUUGUCUUACCAGCUGUGCGUG